AUGCAAACAUUCAAGGUCUGCGCGCUCCUGGCGUUCUUUUUAGUCCUCGUCUCCGCCCGCGGCAGCAAAAGGCGAGAUGGCGCCGUUACGAUAACGGACAGUGAACGUCGAAACAUUGAAGACUUUCUGUUGGCCAAGCUGAAGCAGAAUUGCAGGCAGGAGGAUGAUCGCGCCUGCAGGAUGGUCAAGAUGUCAAUUGUAAUGAACCACCUGUACCUGAACACUCGACUUGAUCUUGGUGAUCGCGUCAAGGUCACGGAGAACUGGAACAUCUCCAUGGUCCCUGAUGAUCCAGAGGUCAAUCAGCUGCUAUCUCGGUCUAUGGGAUCCGAUGAAGAGACCUUCGCGCUCCUCAUGGCCAACAAGCUGUGGAAGUUCAUCCGGUCCCGUUCGCUACGCUACAAGUUCUCGGAGAACGCAGACUUUGUGAUGAACAGCGAUCCGGAGGGCAGUUUGAAUGUGGGCGUGUCUGUGCGCCCAUUGGAGGCAUUGCAGGAGGGACGAGGCAAGAUGAAGAACAUGGGGCCACUGCUGAUGAUGAUGGCGGCCAAGACGGGAAUGGUUGGAGCUCUCCUGCUCAAGGGACUCUUCCUGUUAGCCGGAAAGGCUCUGAUUGUUUCGAAGAUUGCCCUGCUCCUGGCGGUGAUCAUUUCGCUGAAGAAACUGCUCUCCAGCAAGAAGACCAUCGUGGAGGUGCCAUCCCACCACGAUAGCUACAGCUCCGGAUGGUCGAGGGCCUUCGAUGGAUUCGUGGAGGGUCUGGUGGACGUGCCAGCUGAUGUUUUGGCCAAGGAGGUGCAGCACCAGCAGGAGCAGGCCCAAAACCUGGCCUACAGCGGCCAGCAGCCGGGGAAAGUGGCGCAAUAA